UGUGCACUAAGCCCCCAUCACCAUUGCAUCAAAUAAACCACCGGCUACAUCACAACUUGUCUUCAAGUUUCGUCUUUCUGUUACUUCACCUGCGAAACCCAGAUUCCAUUUCUCUCUUCCUUUUUGAUCUCGUUUCCUGCAAUUUCUUUUGCACCUUUUUUUAUGGCUCGUUUCAGUUCUCUGGUGAUUAUUUUCUUGGUGAUAAUAUCUGCUUCAUUUGUACCGCAAAUGGAAAGUAGGAAGCUACUAAACGCAGGGGAAAGGAACGAAAAUGUUCCUUCCUUGUUUGCAAGCUUGAUGCUGAGUGCCCUUCCAAAGGGUAGUAAAGUACCAGCUUCUGCUCCUAGCAAGAAGGGCCACGCCACGCUCGAUAACGAGAAGCGCUUUGCUCGCCACCUUGCUCGCAUUGAUCGGAUUCUUCAGUCUGUUCCAAGCCCUGGUGCAGGCCAUUAGCCUCUCUCCCUCUCCAAAUCUCCAGAAUAACAUAUAGGGUUCUUUUGUUCCUUUGGUUUAAAUAUUGUGUCAACAAAAUUUUGACUAUCUGGUUUUCUUUUUAUUCUUUCUGAUUAGGUUUAGAUUAUAAUCAAUGUUCUUGUAACCAUAUAUACAAGUGUAUAGCCAGUAGUGAGUCAGUAAUAAGGGAAGGCCUUUAUUUAUUCUUUCUUUCAAAUCUUAGCAUUUCACUGGGAUUGAUUUAUUUUGUUAUAUCCCUUUGAUUCAAUGCUGUUGUCUUGAUGAUGAUGGUUUAGAGUUAAAAUAUCGAAGUCUCUUAUUUCUUUCAA